GGCGGGCCUGGCGGACCCCGGAAGUGUGGGCGCGGCUGCGGUUUAACCCGCGGUGGCGGCGGCGGCGGCGGCCCUGGCAGGCUGUUUUGCGUUGCUAUAAAGAAAUACCUGAAGCAGACGAUUUAUAAAGAAAAGAGAUUCAUUUGGCUCACGGUUCUACACGCUGUACAAGAAACAUUGCAUCAGCAUCUGCUUCUGGGAAGGAUGGAGACGCUGAAGGAGAAGACCCUGCAGGAGCUGGAGGAGUUGCAGAAUGACUCGGAGGCGAUUGACCAGCUGGCCCUGGAGUCCCCUGAGGUCCAGGACCUGCAGCUGGAACGGGAGAUGGCACUGGCCACCAACCGGAGCCUGGCGGAGCAGAACUUGGAGUUCCAGGGACCCCUGGAGAUCAGCCGCUCAAACCUCUCAGAUAAAUACCAGGAGCUCCGGAAGCUUGUGGAGCGGUGCCAGGAGCAGAAGGCAAAGCUGGAGAAAUUUUCUUCAGCACUGCAGCCAGGGACCUUGUUAGACCUUCUGCAGGUGGAAGGCAUGAAGAUUGAAGAAGAGUCCGAGGCCAUGGCUGAGAAGUUCCUGGAGGGCGAGGUGCCCCUGGAAAUCCUGGAGAAUUUUUCCUCCAUGAGGAUGCUGUCCCACCUGCGCCGGUUCGCUGGAAAACUCCAGGAAGUGGUGAGGAAGCCCAGGGCUUCCCAGGAGCUGGCUGGCGAUGCCCCCCCACCCCGCCCGCCACCCCCGGCGCGCCCAGUCCCCCAGGCAACGCCCCCUGUGGUUGAAGAGCAGCCGCAGCCACCAUCAGCCAUGCCUCCCUACCCUUUGCCCUACAGCCCGUCCCCCAGCCUGCCUGUGGGCCCCACUGCCCAUGGAGCCCUGCCACCGGCCCCUUUCCCGGUGGUGUCCCAGCCCUCCUUCUACAGCGGGCCUCUGGGCCCCACUUACCCGGCAGCCCAGCCUGGACCCAGGGGUGCCGUGGGUUACUCCUGGUCCCCACAGAGGAGCACGCCACCCCGGUCGGGCUAUCCUGGGACCCCGACUGGCACCUCUGGGCCUGGUUACCCCUUGGCGGGAGGCAGGGCCCCCAGUCCUGGUUAUCCUCAACAGUCUCCAUAUCCUGCAACAGGAGGAAAGCCUCCCUACCCAAUACAGCCCCAGCUCCGCAGCUUCCCAGGCCAGCCCCAGCCCUCAUUGCCCCCGCAGCCCCCUUAUCCCCCCGGGCCCGCCCCUCCCUAUGGGUUUCCACCGCCCCCGGGGCCUGCCUGGCCUGGGUAUUAGCCGUACUCCUGGCCCUCGGCCCCUCCCGAGUCCCACCCACGCUCAACCUUUGGCCCAGCCAUCGCCGAGAUUCGAGGGUCAACUGGAGGUGGCGUUGGUGCUCCCUGUGGACUUGCGUUGGCACCCAGAGGCCUUGGAGGGACAAGGCACUGGGCAGUGUGACUGGUCACGGCACUUGCUGGCCCUCUGGCCGGAGUCCUCCUAGAAGCCCCUACUUUCAGUGCCUGGCUGUAGUGGUGCUAGCCAGGCUGGGGUCCGGCACCUCUCGCCGGUGUCUGUGUGAGUGAGCGUGUGCGCACAUUUAUGAGCAUCUACUUGCGGCUGCGCUCAGGGCCAUCUGAACCCAGUGCAGAGUUAUCUCGAGGAGGAGGCCCCGGGUCUCCGGCCCCUCCGGCUCCCCUGGGGUUUGGCAUAUUUGACGUGGAGCCCCAUGCCAAGGGAUGCAGCUGUUGGUGUCUGUCCAGUCCAUUCAAGGCUAGCCUGCCCACGCACUGUGGCAGGGGUUGGAUUGGAGGGAGAGAACAGAGUUGGGAAAAACAACAGGUUUGAGUCCUAUAAAGCCAUAAUUUAACUCCAGUACCUGAUGUCAGACAAGCUUGUCCUGUGUCCUGUUUGAGUGGCGGCAGCGCCAGUGCAGCAAGAAGGCUGGGGGUCGUGAAGACUGUCCCCAGACCUUGCUUGCACUAUUUGGAGAACCCAGGGGGCUGCCUUGGGCCCUCUGGCCAGAGGGAAGGGAGCAGCUCUAGCCCUGGAGAUUGUGGUCACAUUGGGGCUCGUUUAGGAGUGGAGGGCCAGGUCACCUCCCCAGCCACCCUUCUCUCCUCUGGGACCCCCCACUUUAGGGUGACUUUGCCCGAGGCCCACGCAUCCAUCCACUCCUUUAGUGCCUUGAAUCUCAUUCACAAGCAGCCCCCUCCCUUUCCCUCCCCUGCCCCUCACUCCUUUGAUGUAAUCCUCCCACCCCCAGUGUCCAUCCUAAGGCAUCAAAAGAGGCCCUAACGUAACUUCCCAAAUGGUGCUUUUUAAAAAACACCAUCACUACAUAGGGGCAGUUUUUUCGCACCUCCCUGUCUUCAGAAUGUAAAGGGUGGGGAUUAUGGCUCUGUGUAAUAUGCAGCCCCCUGCACUGUGGGGAUUGGGGCAUGUUCAGUAAUCAGAAUGAAGACAAUAGACAAAGGGGUGUGAUGAGUGUUAACUUGGUUGUUCCAGAGGUAAACCAGGUCUCAGGGAAGAGCCUGGAGCUGCUAUUGCUUAGGAAGUUGUACGUGCCUUGAAAUGUCCACUACCUGAGGACCCAGCGUCUGGUGGGCCCGGGGCUGCUGGGGCCAAGGAGAGACCUUGACCUUCUGGUGCCUGCCCCUCCCCGGCCUACGUGCCAUCUGCGUGACGCUCGGUCCGCGGUGCCGGUUCUUUACCAAAUGUGCUUGCUUCUCCUAAGUUAUUUAUAAAGAGAAAUCACUAAUGGACUCUACUGGUUUGAGUGCUUCUGAGCUGGAUGACCGACCGCCUGUAUGUUUGUGUAAUUAAUUGCCAUAAUAAACUUUGAUGAGUCA